CAUCCACCCGCCAAUACCACACUCAAUGAUAUUUUGUCUGAUAUUGACUGACAGAUUCAGAUCUAUAGGGCGGAAACACUACUAUAAUCUCCGCUUCACGACCACUAGCAUCGCACUUAAUAAUCCGACGUGAUAACUAGUUAACUAACAAUAACAGCCAACCCUCACCCCAAACCUCAUUACAACCCGAUCACCAUGUCUCACACCCCCCGCUCCAUCCUCGAAACCUUCUACGCCGCGGAACGGAUCUACAUGUCCGCCGCCCCCAACGAGCGCGACUUCAGCGCCAUCGCCGCCACCAUCGCCCCCACCUGCCGACUCGAACAAACCGCCGCCCUCCCCUACGCCGGCACCUACCUCGGCCCCGCCGGCAUGCAAGCCUGGGGCGAGCAAAUGGCCAAUUACUUUUCCGUCGUGGAUGUGCAGAAUCCGGAGAUUUUCGAGCGCGAGGGUUCGAAUCGGAUUGUGGUGUUGUCGACGCUGCAUCUGAAGGUGCGGGAAACGGGCGAGGAAUUGGAGUAUCCGUUUUGUCAGGCCGUCCGGGUGGAUUUGCAGUUGGGGCAGAUUACCGAGAUGAGGCCGUUUUAUUGGGAUGUCGAGGGGGUGAGGAGGGCGGUGCUAGCUUAGGUAGCAUCAGGCAUUACAGACUUAGUUCUUCCUGGUUUGUAUCUUCUUAAUUGUCAUCAGGGUUGAUUUAUUUCUGCCAAUUCUAUCCUGAAUUCUUGCUUGCAGAGAUGCUUCUCGGGAGAGUAUCCUCUCCUCCCUCUUCCGUACCUACGUGGGAGGCUAUCACUGCUUAAUCGAGCCUGACCCCCGACAUACCGCAGGGCGUCUCCAGAUUCGCUUUCACUAUAUGCCCGAGAAUUCGCCUGGUCUCUUCCAACGGAUAUUGAAUGCUAGGGCUAGUGAGUCAGUGGUGACUGGUGAGUGGAAUGGGGAUGGAUGACAGCGGAUGGAGCCGGCACUAGACUAUACCCGGAAGGCCCACUUCAUCU